AUGGUGCAAAUAUCAAUGAAAAAAAAUAAAAAGAAAGAAACUGCUCUUUAUCAUGCAGUGCGUAAUAAUAGUAAAGAAAUAGCUGAACUUCAUAUUUCACAUGGUGCAAAUAUCAACGAUGAAUUUAUAUUUGGAUACACGGCUCUUCAUAAAGCCGCAAUUAAUAAUAAUAGUAAAGAAACAGCCGAACUUCUUAAUUCACAUGGUGCAAAUUUCAAUGAAAAAUAUAAAAAUUGA